AUGAAAAUGCCUCGUCGGGGCAUGUAUAAUCGCUAUCUCGUUCUUGGGAAGCUUCCUCCCGAGCUGCGGACAGGCGAAAAUAUUUGGCGACUCAUGCAACCGGUGCAGAAGGACAUUGUGCAGGUGGAGAUGCUGACAUGCUUCGGCAAGCCUGUGGCGCAUGUCACUCUGCGCAGUGCCACGGCAGCAGCCGCGAUGCACCGCUUGUGCGAGCAGAAUCACAAAAACCUGACGGUUGCCUUUGCGCCACCUCGGAAGGCCACAACAACAUUGUGGCUAGGGAACGUGGACGACUUCGUGCCACGAAAGUCGCUUGAGAGUGUCCUGGCCUCGUAUGGCAAAGUCUUACAUGGCUUGCGAUACCUUCCAGCUCGUACAUGCGCCUUCGCCACAUUCGGCGAGGUGAGCAGUUCGAUUGCUGCUAGGAAUAGCCUAUAUGGCCUGGAGGUGCAGAAGAAUCAGUACCUGAACAUAGACUUUGUGGAUGAUGUAGAUGCGCAAGCUUCCCCCCCAGAUGCUUGGGGAAUGUGGGGUGGUGGUGGUGCGCCGGCAUGGCCGCCACCACCCUGGGGCAUGCCUGGGAUGCCGCCAUGGGGCCCUCGUCCUCCAUGGGCGCCGCCCCCCGGCAUCGGAGGAGGCUGGGGCAUGCCUGGCAUGCCACCGAUGCCUCAUGGUGGACCUUGGCGUCCUCCUCGGGAUUCCGACCAUUGGCGAAACUCCGAUGCCUUUGGUGCUGUGCCUGGAGCUCGUCUAGUUGAGCGUUCCAAGAAAGGCCGUGCGCGCCAAGAGUCGGCCUCAAGAAGUCCACGACAGGGUAAGAAGAAAGACAAGGAAGGCUCCAAAGCAGACGCAGAGCCUGAUGCGCGCGGCACCAAGUUCAAAGUGAAGCUCUACAAAAUGGGGGAGUUUUGCUGCAACAUUGUGGCCAACUUCGUCAAAGGCAAAGAGAGCCCGGAGUCGUUAACAAACAAGCUGCAGAUUGACCAGCGCACGAAGAUUGAUCAUUGCCGAGCGCACAUGGAUCGAGCGGGGGCUCUUUCUACAGUAUGGCAUUUCUCGGCUGCUGAUAGGCGUGACUGUGCAGCGUACGAUGCCCUUUGCGAUUAUUUCGUGGAGAAGCAGCGCGUAGGUGCAGCCGGUGAACGUCAGAUCAACCACGCUGUUUCUGAUCUUGGCGAAAGAGCUGCGGCUGGUGCUCUGCCCGGGUCGCCUCCAGGAGCUCAGAAGCUUUUGAAGCAACGAGUGAUCGUUUGGCUCACCGAGUCAUUUAUGAGGUACUUGAAGCAGCCCUUCGAAGACAACUACGUCGACGAUUCCUUUCUCGAUUCUCUUGUGUUGAACGCCCAUGUUACCAGAUACGAGCUGCAUGCGUUGUGCUGCAGCACUGCGUCCAUUAUCCGGCAACUAUGCUUGGUCGGGAUCUUUGUAAAUGUUUGGUGGAAGGUUCAACUGGAGUGUGAAUUUGGGUGGCUUUGGGCAGUCGGAGGCCAAAGUAGCAGUUUUCGCCCUUUCUCAUGUGCUGGUGAAGUCGUCUUGCAAGUUUUGCAGACUUGCACGAUCGUGUUUCCGCUUGGGGUUCUGGCUCCUUUGCUUCAAGCCUUGACCCGCAGUUGGAGUGAUGACACAAUCGGUGUCAUCGCCCGUGGGUUGCUUGCGUUGCAUGUCAUCCUGUACGACUACAGAGAUGCAUCGGCAGCAGCGGUUUGGUCUUGCAGUCUUCGAGGGGGUUCACCGGGUUCACCAACGGCCAUAUUCUUGCCUGGUGGACCCAUCGCCCUCAAUGCGUCGGUUCUGUCUGCGAUGAUUUUGGCGUCCAGACUGCGCACCCCUCUAGAGGUGUUUGCGUUCAUGAGCUUUGCCAUGCAGGUCUUCGCUUUGCCACAUUUUGGUGGUCGACUGACUGCUCACGGUGUGCUGACACACCGUGUGGUGCCCUUCAUGCUCGCGGUUGCCAUUGCAAUCGAUUUAAAGUCAGGGGUGUGUUUGGUGGUAGCUGCGGCCCUCAUUGGUUUUCUAGGUCCGUUUCUAUUUCUGACAGCACAAAGUCUCAAGACAGAGAUUCAGGGGCCCUGGGACAUUGCUCAUGUCGUGCUGGAGCCGCCAGAAGCUGCGUCCAGGUCACAGCUGUCUGCCAUGUUCUCUCGAUCCAGUCAGUUGGAUCGCCUCGAUUUCGAUCCUAGCACUGCUUCUCUUCGCCAUCUAGUCAAGAAGUGGAGAACGGGAGGGGCAGUGGCUGCGACCUUAGACGGUUGGCAGGCUUAUCCAAAUCCAAGAGAAGGACUUGCAGCUGAGAAGCUAGCGAUGGAGGCAGGAGGCAUCACAAAGUAUGUUCACCGCUUGCCCAUACGAAUGCAUGACCUUCCGCUUCGCCAGUACUUGGACACGUGCGCCUCAACUAGCAAGGAUGUCAUGCCCCGGACAUGGUUGACAAUAAAGUUGGAGGAGCGUCCAGAGAACCCGGUGGAGUGGCUAGCGUAUUACCUGCUCAAGAACAACACGAUGGGGAAGAAGCCAGCGGAGGAGAAAAAGGCAGAGGAUGCGGCGCCAGAGCAAUAG